GCGCCUCGGACAUGCCGGGACUCAGAAGGAUACUCACUGUGACCCUCUUGGCUCUCUGUCUUCCAAGCCCUGGGGAUGCACAGGCGCAGUGCACGAACGGCUUCGACCUGGACCGCCAGUCAGGACAGUGUCUAGAUGUGGACGAGUGUCGCACCAUCCCUGAGGCCUGCCGCGGAGACAUGAUGUGCGUGAACCAGAACGGUGGCUACCUGUGCGUCCCUCGUACCAACCCGGUGUACCGGGGGCCCUACUCGAACCCCUACUCGACGCCCUAUGCAGGCCCAUACCCUGCCGCCGCCCCGCCGCUGUCAGCUCCCAACUACCCCACCGUCUCCAGGCCGCUCGUGUGCCGCUUCGGGUACCAGAUGGAUGAAGGCAGCCAGUGUGUGGAUGUGGACGAGUGUGCGACAGACUCCCACCAGUGCAACCCCACGCAGAUCUGCAUCAACACGGAAGGAGGCUACACCUGUUCCUGCACCGAUGGGUACUGGCUCUUGGAAGGCCAGUGCUUAGACAUUGAUGAGUGUCGCUACGGCUACUGCCAGCAGCUGUGUGCCAAUGUUCCUGGGUCCUAUUCCUGCACGUGCAACCCUGGAUUCACCCUCAAUGAGGACGGGCGGUCUUGCCAAGAUGUGAACGAGUGUGCCACGGAGAACCCCUGUGUGCAGACCUGUGUCAACACCUAUGGCUCUUUCAUCUGCCGCUGCGACCCUGGAUAUGAGCUCCAGGAGGACGGCGUCCACUGCAGCGACAUGGACGAGUGCAGCUUCUCCGAGUUCCUCUGCCAGCAUGAGUGUGUGAACCAGCCCGGCACCUACUUCUGCUCCUGCCCUCCGGGCUAUAUCCUGCUGGAUGACAACCGCAGCUGCCAGGACAUCAACGAGUGUGAGCACCGGAACCACACGUGCAUCCUGCAGCAGACGUGCUACAACCUGCAGGGGGGCUUCAAGUGCAUCGAUCCCAUCCGUUGCGAGGACCCCUACCUGCAGAUCAGUGACAACCGCUGCAUGUGCCCAGCGGAGAAUCCUGGCUGCCGAGACCAACCCUUCACCAUCCUGUACCGGGACAUGGACGUGGUGUCGGGUCGCUCCGUUCCUGCCGACAUCUUCCAGAUGCAGGCGACCACGCGCUACCCGGGCGCCUACUACAUCUUCCAGAUCAAAUCUGGGAACGAGGGCCGUGAGUUCUACAUGCGGCAAACAGGCCCCAUCAGUGCCACCCUGGUGAUGACGCGCCCCAUCAAAGGGCCCCGGGACAUCCAGCUGGACUUGGAGAUGGUCACCGUCAACACCGUCAUCAACUUCCGGGGCAGUUCCGUGAUCCGGCUGAGGAUAUACGUGUCGCAGUACCCGUUCUGAGCCUUGUGCGGGGCCCGAUGCUCUCGCCAGCCCCCAGGACAGGAGAGGA